GCGGUGGAGAAUGUGGCCAAGGUUUUGCACUGCGCCGCUCGUUCCAACCUCACGAUGUCAGAGGAGGCCAUCCUGAGACUGAUCGUGGAGCUGACAGAGCGUCUCAACUCACUGAUCAAAGAGUUGUCCACAGCAAACUUGAGGAGGUGGCGGCCGAUAUCGAGCAGAUCUUCAAUGAGGAGGAACCUCCUUCUCUGACCCAACAACACCUGGAGGACCCGGACUUCAUCGAGCUCUGGUUCCGGAUGAAGCUGCUGCCCCUCCUGCCGGACGUACACCCAGACCUCCUCUCCUGCCUCAGCACCAAGAACUUCUCCUGCCCCGUUUACCAAACAAUUGUGGCGGACCUCAGCGAACACAUGAGCGUUAUGGAGGCCGAUCCGAUGCAUGGUCGCAGCAUCUUUGAGCACUUCAUCUAUUCCUUCCUGGUGAAUCACAACACAUCCGACCCCCAGUGUGUCUUCUCAGCCAACCACAGCGCAGAGUGGCUGACGAGAAACUUUGGCUUCUUCUCAAGAUUCGCCACCGUCACCGACUUCUACGGACUCAACCCACAUUUCUCUGGACUGGAGGUUCUUCACCUCCUGACUCCAAACCAGAUCGCAGAGAUGCUGCUGCUGCCUCUUCCUGCUCCACCAGAGAAAGAUGUUGUUAUCGACAGCGUGUUUGAUUUCCUGACCGAGCCUCCUGCGCUCCGGUACCUUCCCGAGGUCCUGUACUCUCUGGUUCAGCUCGCUAAAGAGGUCAGUCCUUCCUGCGACGUCUACAGAUACAUUUUUGAGAGUCUGUACAGGGCCAUACCAUCUGUGUCUCCAGACCUGGAACCAGCCAUCUGGGCCACCAUUGAUGAGCUGAUAAACAUUGCACCCAAUGAGUGUGUGCCAGAGAGCAUCACGUGCCCAGUGACCCAGUUCAACGCUUCUGACAUCUGCAGCAGAGUUGACAGCUCAGAGCUACAGCCUCACUUGAACACGUCUGUGGAUGUGCCCUGCAGUUUCACUUUGGAGAAAUACGCGUGUUUGCCGCUGGAGAACUUCACGGCCGAUCAGCUGGUGUCCCUCUUCAAGUGUGAACUGCCUGGAAACAGCAGUCACUCCAAAAUGUUGUGGAAGAUGCUGCUCACUAAAGUCUCCCAUGUUUUGGAUCCAGCUUUGGACAUGCUGGCUAACAAGUCCAUGGCCAUGAUUGGUCCGUCGGCGGUGGAUAUCUUGGACGUGAUCGGGGAGAUCAGAGUGUCGUUCCUGACGGAUGAGCAGCUGAUGAACAGCAGCGUGAUCAGACUGUGGUUCUCCGGCCGUCUGAGCAGCUUCCUGCCACAUGCAUCAGCAAGAUUCCUGUACUGUCUGAGCAGCAGGAACCUCACCUGUCAGUCAUACCAGCAAAUACUCCAGGUAUUUAUCCACGGCUUCGAGGACAUGACCUUAAACCAGAAGAACAUGGUCUUAAAUGAUUUCAUCCUCCGCUCCCUGAUGAGACAAUACUCAGAUCCUGGCUGCGUGUUCGCCUCCAACAGCAGCGCCGAGUGGCUGCAGAACAAUUUGGGUCCGUUUUCAGUGUUUUUGUCCCUCAGAGAGCUGCUCCACCUCAACCCACGCUUCAACCCUCUGGAGGUCAUACCUCUCCUGACUCCGCAGCAGAGUGCAGAGCUGCUGGUGCUGCCUCUUCCAAAUCUUCCAAGCAAAGACGUCAUUAUCGACAUGCUCUUCGAUUAUCUGACUACAGACGAGAGGAAGCUGUCUGAGUUCCUGUCCUCCCUCAUCAUGAUCCUUCCACAGGGGAGUCUUUCCUGUUCAGCCUUCAGAACACUGUUUAACAGACUAGACUUGGCCAUGGUCACAGCUUCUCUUGAAGUGGCUUCUUCCAUCACAUAUGGCAAAAUGACUUUAUCCAAGUACAUACCACCAGGCUGCAUCAUUUACAGAGGAGAGUGCAACGUUACUAUGAUCAAUGAGACAGAUAUCUGCAUUGGAGUCAACAGCACCGAGCUUCAGCUCCACCUCGACAGCGGGAACUUGACAGGACGUCUCUGCGACUUUGCCGUUGAGGAAUUCGCUUGUGCCUCGCUGUCAGCGCUGACAGCACAAGACCUGGCGGAGAUGCUGACGUGCAACCGCUCGUCUGCAUCGAGUGGCUCCAGAUCCUCCUGGAAGCUUCUCCUCUCCAAAGCUUCUCCCUGGCUGGACGAUGCUCUGGAUCUUCUAACCAACACGACACUGGACCCCAAUAACCCAGCGGUGCCCAUGAUCCUCGACUCCAUACGGGAAAUCCGACUGGACACCAUCAGCGCGGCCAGCCUCACGAACCCCGACGUCAUCCAGCUGUGGUUCAGUCAGCGCCUGCGUCCAUUCCUGCCCGCUGUCUCCUCCGACUUCCUGUCAUGUCUCACCACCAGGGGCUUUAACUGCAGCACCUACCAGCAAAUAGUGCAGAUUCUGAGUCGUCUGCAGCCAGAGUUGACGCUCGACAGGCAGGUGACUGUGUACACGCACUUUAUGAAGGUUUUCCUGACCAGGAACAACACUGCAGACCCGUCCUGCAGCGCAGACAUUCAGAACAGUGGAGAGUGGUUGAUGAGGAACCUGGGAGCUUUCUCUGGCCUCUUGUCCUUCCACGAGCUCCAGAUGAUCUACCCCGAAUUUUCAGCCAUGGAAGCCUUGCCACAGUUGACAGUCAGACAACUCGCAGAUGUGUCCUCCACACCUGGACAGCUCACCUCUCCAGAACAGGUCGCCAUGGUGACGAGUCAUGUCCCCAGCCAUCUCCUCGCUGCCUUCUUUGAUGAUUUCUCACCUGCCAUCUUGGGUCAUGAAAACAUGUUCCCCUCUGCAGUGAGGUCAGCCUUUUUACAAGUCGUGUUCGAUCGUGCAAACCUCUCUGCUCCGUCCGUGAGCGACUCAGCUGUGACGCUGUGGCUCAGAAUACGACUGCGCCCCCUACUGGUCAACCUGUCACCGUCCCACGUUGCACCAUACUUCAGCAUACUGACACAAAGGAUGUGCGCUGUGGAGCAGCAGGGCGUAGAGGAGUUGAAUCAGACCAUCUCAUCUCUCAACGAAGAGACUCAGAAAGAAAUCCACAAUCACAUCAUUCUCUCUCUUAAAGGCCCAACACCUCUCCGUUGCUACGGUGACAACUUCAACAGCAGCUUCUACGGUUUCCUGGAGCGCUCCUUCUUGGGAUUCCAGUUCCCAAACCUGACCACCUUCCUGUCGCUCAUGCCUCACGACAGGAUGAACCAGCUGGUGAACUCCAUGUCUCUGUCGGAUCUUGGAGAUUUCCUCCGCCGCCCUGAUGUCGUGGACGACGACGCCCAGCUCUGCGUGCUCUACAGCAGCUACGCCCGGACGCCGACGUUCCUGGAGACUGAGUCUCUCCCGGCGGCGGUGAGGCGGCCCACUCUCCCCUGCGUCUGGCCCACGGCUCUCAGCAGCUCCACCAGGUCAGAGGUCAACGCGUGGUUUAACCUGCGCCUCCGCAACUACUUGGCCUUCCUCACCAAGAGUCUGAUCAGCCCCGACGUCACACACAACGCCUCCUGCGUGGCCUUCCAAGCGUUCGUCUCAGUUCUUGGCGAAUUUAACUACACGGGUGCGGACUUCAUGAGAUCGGAUGUGUUCAAAAGCAUCAGGGAUUACCUCACCUCAGCAACGGUGCCAAGAUGUUACAACUCCAGUGACCCACAACUUAACUCUACGGCUUGGUUUGCCGAGUACAUUGGACCCUUCAUGCCUUUCCUCACUCUGGAGGAUCUUCAGUCAUUUGGAUCUGAGCAGGUCAUCCAGGUGUUCACCGUGAACCCUCUGAACAUCGCGCUCCUCAACCACUCCGCCUUACCUGUGAACCUCACCAACUACUACACUCAGCUCGUGUACCAGGAGGACAGCAACUUCAACCCUCUGUUCCUUCCUCUGCUGUGUCGGUGUGUCGCUCCCGGUCCUGCUUUCACCCAGCUGACUGCCAACGAAAGUAUAAUAGUUCUGCACAACCUCACCACGCUCUGCACAAACCUGGACCCACAGGUCGCCGCUGCUUUGGCCAGUAACCUUGGUAACAACAUCGAUUCGACGGCCAUUUCUGCCCUCGGCAACGAAAGCACGGGCCUGUCCACGGGCCAGAUCAAGACAGCGAGGCCUCAGGACCUGUUUGAUUCCCUCAGCACCCUCAGCAACGUCAUGGGCUGGAACGAGGGUCAGGCCAGGGCCAUCGUGCAGAUACUGACGUCGUCAGGGAUGUUGCAGAUCACCAGCUCGUCCUCCUUGUUAACGCUGGGCUCCCUUAUUGUGGGCGUCCCCGCCAACGUCUUCGGCAGAAUUAACAGCUCUCAGCUGAUAAGUGCGUCCAGAAACCCCUCGUUCCUGGGCUACCUCAUGUCCGCGCCAGUGAUCGUCCAGCAGACCUUUGUCACUCAGAUCAUUUCAACGAGCACCAACAGCACCGCGAUUAUACAGAACGUUCCCGAUGACUUGGCCACCGAGAUCCCUCGGGCUACGCUGCUGGGCUUCUCAAACGGCGCCAGCGUUGUCACCACAGUCAACAGGAAGAGAUGGAAGCGGCAGCAGGUCGAGCUGUUCUUUGGACUAAUAGGCGUGGAAACCGCGACCGAUGAGCUGGGAGGAGUCGACAAUUUGUCGUCCUCGGUGCUGCAAGGGUUCACGUGCACCGCGGUGCGGACGAUUCCGACCAGGCAGAUCCGGAGGCUGGUCCGAGCCUGUCGCAGGAGAGGCAGGAACAGGGUCCCUCUGGUGGAGACUCAGCUGACCUGCAUGUACAUCUACAUCAGAGAGGACUCAAACGUAACCACCUUCGACCUCUUUCCCUCUGAUGUUCUGCUCUACUAUGAUUACUCGCUGGUGCCUCAGACCAGCUGCAGGUUCUACUUUGAACAGCUGGCAGACGCAGACUUCUCUGUCUUCUCCCGGGCCCUCAGCUACAAACGCACUGCUCUGUUUGAAAAUGCCAAGAGCUGCCUGGGUAUAACAAACACAAGCUUGACUAAGGAUAACAUCUCAGUUUUGGGAAACAUGUGCUGCACUCUGGACGGGUCGUACAUCAAGGACUCGGAUCCGUCCAUCCUGGAAAAACUCAAUAACUGUCCAGGUCUCACUAGUGAUCAAGUCUCUGCUGUUGAAGCCCUGCUGGUUAGCGGGAGAACUCAGUACGGAGCUCCUUCAACAUGGAACAUAGAAACCCUGCAGAACCUCGGGAUGUUACCCCUGUAUUUGACUUCAGACUUCUAUGACAACUUUAACAGGAGGACAAAGCGCAGUUUCUUGAGGUCCUUCCUGGGAGUUCUCAGGAGCAAUAACGUGAGCAGACGGAAGACAAGGCAGCUGCGCAAUGAAAUAAGAAUGUCCCUCAGAAAUAGGUCAAAGCGCUCUACAGUCACAGAAUGCACUGUGGGGACAAUCACCCAGGUGACCAUCAGCGACGAAACGUUCCCCUUCGACUACGACGACAUAAACCAGUUCAACUGCUGCCUCAGUGCUACGACCGUCAGAGACAACCUGGAUUCGAUCACUGAGAAGGUGGUCGAGGUGGAAUACCUCACCAUUGUCCUCAGCAAGCUGCGAGAGGCUUAUGCUGCCAGCUCUACCGUUCCAGAGGAUCAGGUUCAGGUCUUGAAUGGAGCGUCUCGUGUGGCCACCACCGAGGACAUCAACACGUGGACCAUCACUCAGAUCGACACACUCGCCGCUUUGAUGGACUCAUCGAACGGGGAGUGGGACCCGGUCCUGGCGAAAGCCAUCAUCUCUAAAUACCUGAGUACGAGCGGGAACAAGCUCGGCAGCGCUGAGCUCAACGCCAUAGGAGGCGCAAACCUGUGCUCCCUGGACGCUGACGUUCUCAGGAACAUCUCCCAAGAAAGUCUCAGAGAGGCCGAUGCUCUGGAUGUGUCCAACUGCACCAGGGAGAAAAAGAGAGAACUGUUCACCAUCGCCAGACAGGCGUUUAGCGGAACCACUCGCUCAACUAUCUCUGUUUCUUCUUACCAGCUUACAAGGGCUUACAUGGGGGGCGCAACUUUGGAUUAUGCCCGAAGUUUGUCAGCGUCUGAUGUCAGCAUGGACCUGGAGACCUUCACCAGUCUGGAUGAGCAAGUUGUUCAGGCCCUGUCUGUUAAUGAAGUCAGAGGUCUUCUUGGCACGAACCUGCCAGAUUUGAAGUCCUAUGAAAACGAGACGCUGGUACAGAACUGGGUCAGAAUCCAGGACCAGUCGGAGCUUGACACCCUGGGAAUUGGGCUGGUGGGAGGUAGGGUAGUUACUCCAACCACCACUAGCCCAGGAAACAACUCUACCUCCAAUGUUACUACAACUGCCAGCCCACCCGCAUCAACGACAACACCAUCGUCUUCAUCAACGACAACCACUUCAACAACGACAACCACCACAAGUCACUCUGCCCGGAUUCGAGCUGACGCUGCCUCCUCCUUCCUCGCUCUCCUCGUGCUCCUCGUCACUUCUCAGCACAUUAUAACGUGAAGGAACGCGUGGACUCACACAGCCACUUGUUUUCCUCCUCAGUAUAAAAAUGGUUAAGAGGAUAGAAGCAUGAAGUAAUAUUUUUAUUUAUCACUGAAGGAAGCAAAUACAUUAAAAGUGGAGGGCAUUUCCUACAUACCAUACUGUAUUGUGGACUAUGUAGAAAAAUAUUCACGUGCAAUAAUAAAAUAAUAGAUGUAAAUACUAUUCUUGAUUCCUUCCUUCAGUAGCACUUAGGUUUGCUCUUUAAAUUUGUCAUAUAACUUAUGACCUCGUAUAUUUACCUUUUCUCAAUUCCCACUGAUUUCAUUGAUUUAACUGAUAAAAAAAAGAGAGUUUAAUAGGAAAAUGAAGGUGACCUUUCUGCUGUAUUUGUUUUUCUGACACCCUGAAAAUGUUACAUGAGACUGGUAAUAAAAUUAUACUCAAUUUUAUUUUAUUGGUUUAUUGGUAUUUAAUGGUUUGAAGGGAACUUUUACAAGAAUGUUACAACAUUGCAUCUGCACAAUAACAACAAGAACAAGUUUAGAAUCAUGAUCAAAUAUCUGAGCACUUUCAAUUUAGCACUUUCAUUAAAUCUCUUGCACCAACUAAUUAAUUCUGUUUCUUUCUUUGUCUGCGCUUGGCACAAGAAUUGUUUUCAGGAGAACCUUGAAAUGUAUCAAUCACCCAUCUGCACCCGUUUAAACCCUUGUCACUGUGCUUUGUUCCUGCACCCUGAGGAAAACCUCCAGGUCAAAACGUGCCUGCGACCUUUUCAUUAAAAUGGUAGAUUUUCAACAUCGGA